AGAAAGUGUAGAAACCAUGAGGCGGACUCUCCUGAGAAAUCUCACUCUCUACGCUCGCAAUCCGAGGCCUUCAUCACUCACCGCCGCUUCUACUACUCGGCUCUUCUCCUCCGACAACAACAACAACAACAACAACGACACGUCGUCCACCGAUGACUCCUCUCCGGAAAGCCCUAAACCCUCUCCCGAGUCCACCCUCACCACGGAAGUGUUGAAGAAAGACGACUCUGUUAAAAUCCCGGACAUCACUAAUAAAGAAAUGAAAACGAGAAUGGAGGAGUACUUGAAUCACGGUAAGGAGGAGGCGCUGCCAUGGAUCUUGGAAGCGGUUCUGGCAAGGAAAUUGGCUAAUAAGCAUGAUGAGACAGAUGAUGAGCUGUUGGAGGAUCUGCAUCUGCAGCCACUGGACAAUGUCAGGGACCAGGACUUCGAAGAUGAUUUCGAGGAAGCCCUCGACACAAAUGAGGAAAUCAAUGACUUGUAUGAUGCCAAGGAUGUGGUAGUCAACAAGAUGGUCAAAGAUGAGUUCUUCAAUAUGGAUGAGAAAAAAUGGGAUGGGAUGGUUCAGGAAGCGAUUAAGCACGGGUUGAUGAAGGAUAUGAAAGAGUGUGAGGAUGUUCUUGAGGAUAUGCUUAGUUGGGACAAGCUCUUGCCAGAUGAUAUUAAGAAGAAGGUAGAGGAGAAGUUCAAUGACCUCGGGGAUAGGUGUGAAAGAGGGGAGCUUGAACCUGAAGACGCUUACAAGUUGUUUAAGGAGUUUGAGGAUGAAAUUGUCAUGGAAUAUACGAAGAAAGUGGAAGCUCAAGAAACCUCACAAUCUGAUGAGGUAGCUGUACCGAACAUGAAAAGAGACACAGAUGACCCACCAGGUGAAGGCCCAAUCCUUAGGUGGCAAACACGAGUGGUCUUUGCUCCUGGUGGUGAUGCUUGGCACCCAAAGAAUAGAAAAGUAAAGCUGUCUGUUACAGUAAAAGAACUUGGGCUUUCAAAGCAUCAAUUCCGUCGACUCAGAGAAUUGGUUGGAAAGCGAUACAACUCAGGAAAAGAUGAGCUCACUAUCACUAGCGAGAGGUUUGAACACCGAGAGGAAAAUAGAAAGGAUUGUCUCAGGACUCUUCUUUCCCUCAUUGAGGAAGCUCAGAAAGCUAACAAGUUGGCUGAGGAUGCUCGAGUUUUAUAUGUCAAGGAGAGAUUAAGAGCGAAUCCUGCAUUCAUGGAGAGACUUCGUAACAAGACAAUGAGAUUGCAAGGACAUUCCACAUUGACAGCUUGAGGUCUUCUUUUGCAGGCACUUGCUGAGAAUAAAUCUCCAGGUCUGAGAUUUUGACCUUGAGCUAAGAAAAUUAUUUUGCAAGUCAGCAUUCAGGCAUUCGUAGAUCUUGCUAGUUUCUUGCAGCUAUUGUCCUGAAACUUGAUGAGAAUGAAGAGCUGUUCAUGACUGCUUGUGAAACUUGGUGUAGAAUGCUUCAAAUAUCUGUUUUUCUCAAAGAUCAUUUUGUUCGUCGAGAUCUUUCAAAUGUAUUAGCUUUAUUUAACAAUGCUAACAUUUGCUCAGGAAGUAUUUUAUGUUUCAGUGGUUUUACUAAUGAUAUGGUGGAAAAUGUUAUACUUGUGAUAUUUAAUUUAAUAACGGC